CAGGCGCCGUGCGUGGCGUGCGUGGCGUGCGUGCGUGCGUGCGUGGGGCGACGCAGGGCGAGGAGCGGAGGAGGCCGGCGGGCAUCGGCGCCGCCGCCAUGGAGUGCCCGCACCUGGGCGCCAGCGUCUCCCUCGCGCCCGACUCGGCCAAGUUCCCGCAGGGCUCGCCCUCCUCGUGGUGCUGCAGCGUGUGCCGCUCUAACAAAAGUCCCUGGAUCUGCCUGACUUGCUCGAGUGUCCACUGUGGAAGGUAUGUAAAUGGCCACGCCAAGAAGCAUUAUGAAGAUGCUCAAGUUUCUUUAAUAAACCACAAGAAAGCAGAAAAGCAAGAAAAGGUUCAGCACUUGGUCUGCAUGGAUUGUAGUAGUUACAGCACCUACUGUUAUCGCUGUGAUGACUUCGUAGUAAAUGAUACCAAGCUAGGCCUGGUGCAGAAAGUCCGGGAGCAUCUACAGAACUUGGAGAACUCAGGUUUUACAGUAGACCGACAUAGGAAAAGAAAACUUCUUGAAAGUGCCUCGGUAAACAGCAAGUUAUUAAAAGUAAAUGGGAACCCCACAAGUUUGUGCGCAACAGGCCUUCGGAACUUGGGGAACACGUGUUUCAUGAACGCCAUCCUUCAGUCCCUCAGUAACAUUCCACAGUUCUGCUGUUACUUCAAAGAGCUGCCAGCGGUGGAACUUCGGAACGGGAAGACUGCAGGCCGGCGGACGUACCACACGCGGAGCCAAGGAGAUAACAGCGUUUCCCUGGUGGAAGAAUUCCGGAAGACCCUGUGUGCUUUGUGGCAGGGAAGUCAAACUGCCUUCAGCCCCGAAUCCCUGUUUUACGUUGUUUGGAAAAUCAUGCCCAACUUCAGGGGGUACCAGCAGCAAGAUGCCCACGAGUUCAUGCGCUACCUCUUGGACCACCUGCACCUGGAACUGCAGGAGGGCUUCAACGGUGUUGCUCACCCAGCCCUUGUUCCAGAGAGCCCUGGUCUCACUGCCGGUAGCAGGUGCUGCGUGAAUGGCACUUCUACCGUUGUCACAACUAUCUUUGGAGGUGUCCUUCAGAAUGAAGUCAACUGCUUGAUAUGUGGAACUGAAUCCAGAAAGUUUGAUCCAUUCCUAGACCUCUCACUAGAUAUUCCAAGUCAGUUCCGGAAUAAACGUAACAAGAACCAAGAGAAUGGACCAAUCUGCACGUUGCGGGAUUGUCUCCGUAGCUUCACCGACCUGGAAGAACUUGACGACUCAGAGCUCUACAUGUGUCACAAAUGUAAGAAGAAACAGAAGUCCACCAAGAAGUUCUGGAUGCAGAAGCUACCCAAAGUGCUGUGCCUGCACCUGAAACGCUUUCACUGGACAGCCUACCUGAGGAACAAGGUGGACACCUUUGUCGAGUUCCCUCUGCGCGGCCUGGACAUGAAGUGCUACUUGCUGGAGCCGGAAAACAGUGGCCCAGACAGUUGCCUAUAUGACCUGGCGGCUGUGGUUGUGCAUCAUGGGUCAGGGGUCGGUUCUGGGCAUUACACGGCGUAUGCAACUCACGAAGGGCGCUGGUUCCAUUUCAACGACAGCACAGUGACGCUGACAGACGAGGAAACGGUCUCGAAAGCCAAGGCCUACAUCCUGUUCUACGUUGACCGGCAGGCUAAGUCUGCAUCUGAGAAACUUUAAUGCCUCUCUCUGCCCUGUGCAUAUCAAGUCCAAUGGACAAAACAUUUCCAGUUCUCCACAGAUACUUGAUCCGAGACUCUUGAUUUCAUUGUGCACUUUUUAAAAAUUUUUUGUGGGUUCUAGUUUUAUUACAUUGUCGGUAGUAGCAUUUGACUUAUUAAAAAAUGGACAGAAGCUAACUUUGUGGUUAGUUAUACCGGAAAAAAAGGCAAAACCUCAGCAGAUACUGAUGUGCUGCUUAAACUCAAAUUUUAUACAUAGUUUCAAGAGCGACUUUUAUGUUUGACUUUCCUGUCUCCAUGUUCUGGUUUGCUUUCUAAAGGCACAUUUCCACGAGGGAAACUUGAAUCAUUUUGAUGAACACGAGUCUGGGUGCUCUGUUAGGAAACGCCGCAAGGGCCUCGGCGGGUCUCCCAGGAUCAAGGACUCGACCUCCCUCGGGCCCAAACGGGAUGCAGGCACGGACUUUGGGGUCUCCCCUUCUUUCUUUAAGGGGCUGCAUUAAACAGGCCAUGUAACUGCUGCUAUUUUUGUUUCUCCGAAGGCUGUUUUUUUAGUCUGUAGAUUGUACUUCAGUAGAUGGCUGCAUCGUUUGUAAUAGAAACUCUUUUUUUAAAAAUACUUUAUACGGAUACGGAAAAUUACUAUUUUGCUGCAAUUAAGGUACCAAAAAUCAGAAUUUGGGAUCGGCUAUUCAUUUUGCUAGUCUAGACUCACUCUGCGAACAUCACUCUCUGACCUCCUGGCUGGAGAUUAUUUGGAAGCAGACGAGCGUUCUACGCUUUUCUCACAGAAACUGCCAUCUUGGGCCACUGAAACUCCGAAGAAGAGCUUUAGAAGAGAAGAUGCGGGAGAUGACUUUCCAGGCUGCGCUUUCUUGAGGCUCCUGCAUGGAAGAGGCUUUUUUAAAGCUGGUUUUCCCCGAGGGAAAGAAUGAAAGUCCCUGGUUGCAUUUGUUCCAAUCAGCCAAUCGUGUAAACUUUUGAAUUCUGCAGAAUUCUUCAAUUCAAGGAGCGGAGGGGAGGGGAGGAGAGCCCGAAAGGGACGUGGUGGGGGGAGGCACAAGGUGGAAUACACCAGUAGGUGAACAGGAACAUGCCCCCUUCCCAGCAAGGAGGAGGAAGUGGCUGGCCCUGCCUGGAGGAGCAUCCCCUCCCCUCCCCUCCCCUGGCA